AUGUCCCCCUCCAGGAGGAAAGGGCACAGGCCUCUUCCUUCCCCAGGAGUGAGUAUCGCCUCCCGGACCCUACGGUGGCCGGACGCACAUUUCUCGCCUUUUCUGUCUCUGACAAACCUAGAAACUUUAACUCUGCGAGAUGAGACGACGCCUAGAAGCGUAAACUUUAGAUGUUUCAACGCUUUGAGAAAAUGGCGUUCUCUGCCGGCCACACACGUGUUGGGGCAUCCUCUCUCCUCUCCUCACUCUCAGGCUCGAGUCCAGGGGAGCCACAGGUUUGUCCAUGUCUGUGGGGGGACCCUGAUCCAUCCCAGCUGGGUCCUUACUGCCGCCCAUUGCUUCUCUGGGGGGAAGACAGAAGAUGUUGCCAAUUGGCGCAUCGUGCUGGGCAAACACCGACUCAACCAGACGGAGGCGACCCAGAGGGUGCACCGGGUGAAGCGAAUAUACCGGCACGAGCACUUCCACUACCCACAGCUGGACCGGCUGAACAACGACAUCGCCCUGGUGCGGCCGCUCCACGACAUCCCCAGCGGCCCCUACGUGCACUAUGCCUGCCUGCCUCCCUUUGGAGGCCCCGGCCUGAGGCCCGGCCAGCUCUGCUGGGUCACGGGCUGGGGAGGCACCCAAGGUGGGGAGGAGAACCUGACGCUGUCCAGUGUUCUGAAUCAAGCCCAGCUCCCUGUCAUGGACUUCAGCACUUGUCAACAGGACAAGGUCUGGGGUGACAAAGUGAGCCCAACCAUGCUGUGUGUGGGCUUCGGGGACCUCCCAGGGGCCCCCGCCGCGUGCCAGGGAGACUCGGGGGGCCCCUUGCUUUGCCAGAUGGGAAGGAAUGAGUGGGAAGUCCACGGCAUAGCCAGCUUUGGGCCCGUUGGCUGCCGAGCUGAGAACAAGCCCAGCGUCUUCACCAGGACGGCUUCCUACAGGCCAUGGAUCGAGGCUACCAGAAUCCGUGACUUCUUCUUCUAUUGA